UCCUUCAUUCUCCCCCCACUGCCUCGCCGUCUCCCUCCUCCGCCGUCGCGGAUCCAUCCCACAGCCGGAAUCCCUCCUCCCUCGGCCGUAUUUCCUCCUUUCUCGGUGCCCGGUCGCGCCACCGCAAACCGAGCGGGGGAUCAGCUCGAGCGCCGGCGGGGGCGCGGUAGGGUGGCCGCGCGCAUCGGCGGCGACCAGAGAGGAGGAGGAAGACGGCGGGGUUCUCGCGCGCGGCGGAGCAGGAGAAGGGCGCCAGCUGCUUCAGGCUGUAACCUCUGGACCCGCCUAAAUGCUCCGAUCCUCCUCGCCGCAGACGCUAGACGGCGUCCUGUGGGCCGAGGCUGCCUCCUCGGCUGCCCUCCGCCAGUACUGUGCCCUCCCCAAGAAGGGCAAACCGCAGGGGCGCGAGUCCACCGUCCUCGCCGCCUUCCUGAUCUCCUCCCCAGAGAACCCUCUCAACCCCACCGUCCUAUCCCUCGCCACUGGCACCAAGUGCCUCGGUGCAGCUCGUCUCGGACCUCGUGGUGACCUCGUCCAUGACGCCCAUGCCGAGGUCAUUGCACGACGCGCGCUUCUCCGCCUCGUCUAUGCCGAGAUCAGCGCAGAAAACCCGUCAAGUUGGCUGGUUGCCUCUGGUGCUGAUGGGCGAUGGAGGCUGAAGGACGGGCAUCAGCUGCAUCUCUACAUCACCCAGCUCCCCUGUGGGGUCAUGCCGGUGCCGCCGUCACCCUUGGAGGUUCGAAGGGAACAACUAGAUACCAUGGUGAAUGGAUACAGUGAUGUUGGUUUCGUUCAGAGGAAGCCAGGGCGUGGUGAUACAACAUUGUCAGUGAGCUGUUUUGACAAAAUUACUCGUUGGUGUGUCGUCGGGAUUCAAGGUGCGCUGCUAUCACACAUUCUCGAACCCUUAUAUUUGUCCACCAUUACCAUUGGACAAUCACCUGAUGCUGCACCUGAAGGGUUUUGUAUUGAAGAUAACGUUGUAAAGGUUCUUGGUGCUCGUUUGUCCUGUCUAUCUGGAAAAGUCCCUGACCCUCUUAAACCGAGCAAGCCACUAUUUUUUGAGGCACCUAUUCCCCCUAAAGAAUUUCAACAGACUUCAGGAGAUAUACCCCCUUUGACAUGCGGGUACUCAAUAUGCUGGAAUAAAUCUGGCUUGCAUGAAGUUGUCUUAGGAACAACUGGGAGAAAACAAGGCACAUCUUCAAAGGCAGCAUCCUUACCCUCCACUGAGUCAUUGCUCUGCAAGAUAAGAUUGGCAGAGGCCUUCAUAUCACUUGAACAUCCAUUAGUCACAAAAUUCCGUCAUGAGAAGAUUUCUUAUCGUGCAAUUAAGGAUAUGGCUUGUGAGUACCAGCAGAUACUUGAGCUUCUUAGGAAGGCUCCAUUUUUUGCCCAAUGGCGUGCUAAGCCAACAUCGGUUGAUUCGUUUACAGUUCCACGGUCAUAACCAGAUCUCGAAGUUCUAUGCUGCGUCCCAGAGGCUGGUUCUUGAAGUUCCUUGAUUUCACCAUAAUUGUAGCAGUUUUCUGUACCAGCUCUUCCAACUUAUUUGUAGCAUGUAUGCUUUUGCACAAUACUGAAGUAUUGAACAGUCGUAGCCUGUAACAAACCUAUAAAGCCGUGUGAUGUUUGGCACCAUGAGGUGGGUGCUUAUAUGGAUUGGUAACUGUGUAACUCUUGUUCUUUUAAUUGUUGGAGAGAAAAAGAAAAGGUGAAGCAAUGGGCACACAAUAAAUAUGUUCACUCUGA